GACAGCUGGAGGUUGUACUACAACUCUGCUACAAACAAACAAAUCUUUCUCCUUCUUCUUCCUCUUCAUCAACAUCCUCAUCAACACAUUCGACCCUCACUCGUCUUCCACCCAAUCAAACCCACCACCGAACUCACAUCUUCACCACCAACAUGCUCUUCACCCGCUACGCUCUUCUGGCUCCGGCCGCCAUGGUCGUCGCUCAGGACGGCGCGUUGGGCGUGCUCUCCAGCGCUCUCAACGGAGCCGAGAGCGUCUUCUCCGUAGCCACUGGCGGCGCCGCGAGUGUCUUUUCCGAGGCGACUGACGGAGCUGUCGGUGCUUACACCACUGUUGUCAAUGGCGUGACCAGCAUCUACUCCGAGGCCACCGACGGCGCGGCUGGUGCUGCUUCAACCGCUGCGAGCGGCGUCACGAGCGUCUUCUCGGAGGCGACCGGUGGUGCUGCGGGUGCUGCUUCAACCGCUGCGAGCGGCGUCACGAGCGUCUUCUCGGAGGCCACUGAUGGAGCUGCGGGUGCUUUCUCAAGCGCAACCAGCGGAGCAGGAGGUGUUGCCUCCACUAUUACGAGCGGUGCAGGUGGUGCUUUCUCUAGUGCCACCGAUGGAGCGGGCGAUGUCUUCUCUUCCGCCACCGACGGCGCCGGCGGAGUGGUGGCGAGUGCCAGCAGCGUAGUCGACGGUGCCGCGGCGCCCACCAAGGCGCCAAUGUACGCCGUUGGAGGAAUCUUGGGCGCUGGUAUGGCUGUUGUUGCCCUGCUUUAG